AGAAAAAAAGAAAAAAAAAAAAAAAAGAAAGGAAGGGAAAAGAAAAGGAAAGAGGAAAUCAAGAAGACCCAGAAAACCAAACGGGAGAGUCCUUCAUUAAUUGAUUGAAAAGAUUCAAUCUUUUAUUACCAUUUUAAUAUUGUUAUUGUGGCGAGAGGGGCGGAGAGGGAAGGGUGAGAGGGGGUUCUUUUUAGAAACUCAAUGCGGUCUUUGAGAAAAAGGCCAAAUUUGAGGGAGACCCAGAAGGCGAAAUUUGGGGAGGAAUCAAGAUCUGAUGGUGGGUGUGAGUUUGAGUUAUUGUUGUUGGUGUCUUUGUUAUUUGGAUUGGUUAAAUUGUGUUAGAGAAGAGGUGAGUGGUGGUUUUUGUUGUGGUGUGGUAGUGAGGCUGCAAAGACAAGGAUGCAGCUUCACUUCUCGCCUAGCAUGAGAAGCAUCACAAUAUUAUCAAGUAGCAGCAACGGUAUUAAUAGCAAUGGAGGAGGUUUUAUUGACUUGAUGAAGAUCAAGGUCGCAGCUCGUCACAUUUCUUAUAGGACCCUUUUUCAUACCAUUCUUAUUCUUGCUUUUUUGUUGCCCUUUGUCUUCAUUCUCACCGCUCUUGUUACUCUUGAAGGUGUCAACAAGUGCUCCUCUUUUGAUUGUUUAGGCAGACGGUUAGGACCGAGGCUUCUCGGUAGGGUUGAUGAUUCAGGGAGACUGGUUAAUGACUUCUACAAGAUCCUUAAUCAAGUUAACGCUGAGGAAAUCCCAAAUGAUUUAAAGCUUCCAGAUUCUUUUAGUCAACUUGUUUCUGAAAUGAAGACCGAUCAGUAUGAUGCAAGGACUUUUGCUAUUAUGUUGAGAGCAAUGAUGGAGAAAUUUGAAAGAGAAAUUAGGGAAUCUAAGUUUGCAGAACUGAUGAACAAGCACUUUGCUGCAAGUUCUGUUCCUAAAGGCAUCCACUGUCUUUCUCUGCGUUUGACUGAUGAAUAUUCCUCUAAUGCUCAUGCACGCAUACAAUUGCCUUCUCCAGAGCUCCUCCCUUUGCUUUCUGACAACUCUUACCACCACUUCGUCCUGCCAACUGAUAACAUUUUGGCUGCUUCAGUUGUUGUUGCUUCUGCAGUGCAGUCAUCUCUAAAACCCGAAACGAUAGUGUUCCAUAUCAUCACAGACAAGAAAACUUAUGCGGGUAUGCACUCGUGGUUUGCACUAAACCCUGUCUCCCCUGCUAUUGUUGAAGUGAGAGGCGUUCACCAGUUUGAUUGGUUAACAAGAGAGAAUGUUCCAGUUCUUGAGGCUGUUGAGAACCAUUAUGGAAUCAGGAACUACUACCAUGGGAAUCACAUUGCUGGGGCCAAUCUCAGUGAUACCACUCCUCGACAUUUUGCUUCAAAAUUGCAGGCUAGAAGUCCAAAGUACAUAUCUUUACUCAACCAUCUCCGCAUAUAUUUACCAGAGCUCUUUCCACACCUCGACAAAGUGGUCUUUCUAGAUGAUGAUGUUGUAAUCCAGCGUGAUUUGUCACCUCUUUGGGAAAUUGAUCUUAAGGGCAAGGUUAAUGGAGCUGUAGAAACUUGUAGAGGUGAAGAUGAGUGGGUAAUGUCCAAGCGUUUUAGAAACUACUUCAAUUUUUCACAUCCCCUUAUAGCAAAGAAUUUGGACCCUGAGGAAUGUGCAUGGGCUUAUGGGAUGAAUAUCUUUGAUCUUCGUGCAUGGAGGAAAACAAAUAUAAGAGAAACUUACCAUUCCUGGCUGAAAGAGAAUCUGAACUCAAACCUAACAAUGUGGAAGCUUGGAACCCUACCACCUGCUUUAAUAGCAUUUAAAGGUCAUGUUCACCCAAUUGACCCCUUGUGGCACAUGCUUGGCUUGGGCUAUCAGCAUAAGACCAAUAUCGAGAGUGUGAAGAAGGCUGCAGUUAUCCACUACAAUGGCCAGUCAAAACCGUGGCUGCAGAUUGGCUUCGAGCAUCUCCGGCCAUUUUGGAACAAGUAUGUCAACUACUCCAAUGAUUUUGUGAGGAACUGCCACAUCUUGGAGACGUAGUCAAUCAACUAGUGGAGCUAGGAACUAGAGAUAGAAGGGGAAAAAGAUAUUAGUGAUAUGGGUUUAACAUACAUUUUUUGUCUCGAACUUUCUCUGAAGGUUAUAUUUGAGAAAGCAAGUUGAAAAAAUUGGCCGGAAGGGGCAAUACUUUCAGGUUCAGAUUUUGCUGUCAUCCCCCAUACUAUUGCAGGACUGGACCUGCAUCACUACAAGGACGUUGAGUUUCAUUCUUUGAUUUUGUAUUAUACAAAUCCACGGUUAAUUCUUUGCUUGGGAAAAGGAUACUGUUAUUGGUAUUCCUACUGGGAAUCUUGCUUUUGAUUACUUGGUCCAUAAUUUGGAAUAAAGUGAAAUACACAAGAGACUGCUUAUUUUGAUGUCUUCAUACUGGUCGAUGAUGGGAAGAGGAAUGCUAGGAAAGUUUUUCGGUGAUGCUCCCCUCAUAAGUCCAUAAACGUUUUUCUCCCUUCAGUAUUAUUAUUAUUAUUUUCUUUUUGGUUAUUGUUGUUUCAUUUUUUGUUAGUAUCUCCCCAUUUUUCCUUUCCCUUGAUUUUUGGUAUCACGGUGAAUUCUAGGAGUAGGUCAUGGAAGAUUGCUUUGUUACAGGUCCCAUUCAAUUGGGGAACUACUGUUAGGUUACAUUACAUAUUGGUAUUUGUUAUGUACUUUUCCUGAUAAACAUUUAAAAUGUGCAGAUAAUUCAUUUUCUUCAAAA